AUGGCAUCUGCAUCUACACACUCCGGAAAUGCUGCAUCUCAACAAAUGUCUUUGGGCAGCUUGGCCGAUGUAACUGGUGAAUUUAAUGGUGGAUCUUACAAAAUACAUCAUCGUGAUACAAAUGCACUGCUUUCAGUAAAAUUAUCAGCUAAUACUGCAUUUUAUGCUCAACCUGGAUCGAUGGUAGCUAUGAGUCCAGAAGUCACACUCAAAGGAAAUUUUAAGUUUUCAUUCAAAAAAAUGUUCACUGGAGGUGAAAUGUCUCAAUCUACAUUUACGGGUCCUGGUGAAGUUUUGCUUGCACCACCUAUUUGGUAA